AUGUCUAUUAUGGUUAUGAGAGCUUCGACCAAUGAGACGAUGAUUCCUUUGGGGUCCUCCAUCAAUACGAGCACCACCAAGAGCUGGUUCUCCUCUUCGGGGCGCUUCGCAUUUGGUUUCUAUCCUGACGGUGAAGCCUUUGCAAUUGGGGUUCGGCUUGUAUCCGGUGAUACAAGUAUCAUAGCAUGGACUGCCAACCGAGAUGAUCCCCCAAUUUCUCUUGGUUCUAUUACAUUGGGAUACAGCGGUAUACUCCAGUGGUCCCGAACCCCAUUGACUCCAGGUACCCAACGGAAUCCCAUAUCUGACAGCUCUACACCGGCUACCUCUGCUGCCAUGCUGAACACCGGUAACUUUGUGUUGUAUGACAUGAACCGGACGAUUAUUUGGUCUACCUUUGAUUCUCCAACUGGUACUUUGUUGCCAGGCCAGAAUCUGCGUCCUGGUGCGCAGCUUUUUGCAAGUGUCUCCGGGAAUAACCGUGCUAGGGGGAAGUAUUACCUUAACAAUCAACUAGACGGCAAUCUUGUGCUCUACCCUGCUGGCACGAUUGACUCUGAUAGUGCAUAUUGGUCUACUGUCACUUCCAACAAGGGCCUCCUCCUCACGCUUUCUUUGGAUCCCAAUGGUACCCUAUGGAUGUUUGACCGGAAGACCUCCUAUACAAAGGCAUUAUUCCAGACCAAUCAAUCCCUUAGUGCCUCAACAGCUGUGGAAAAUUACUACCGGUUGACAUUUGAUGCCGAUGGCAUCUUACGACUCUACUCACAUGUUUUCCUUAGUCUAGGGAGUAAGCCUACAACUAAGGUUCAGUGGCAAGUGCCUGGAAGUGAUCGCUGCCUUGUAAAUGGUGUCUGUGGUCCGAAUAGCUUCUGUCAGCUCACCGUGACAGGAGAAACUAGCUGCACUUGCCUUCCCGGUUUUGAGUUCUUAAGCACUAACCAGAGCACACUUGGUUGCUGGAGAACAUUGCCGGACAGCGGUUGUGCGAAGAAUAGCAGCAGCUCCGAUGAGGGGACGAGAGUGAUGAGCACAAUGGUAGAAGUGAAGAAUACUACUUGGGCAGAGAAUGCGUAUGCUGUUCUACCAGAAACCGCAAGCAUUGAAGAUUGCAAGUUACAUUGCCUCUCUGAUUGUGCCUGCGAGAUUUCUAUGUUUAGUGACUCCUAUUGCUCAAAACUGAUGGUUCCAAUUAGGUAUGGCAGGAAUUCUGGUUCCAACAGCACACUAUUUGUGAAGGUCUACACCUACCAUGCCAUCCAAAAGAAUAAAAUUGCUGGAGCAGGUGCCAUGUUUAUCUCAGGUGUUUCCUUGGUCGUCCUCUCACUGGUUGUGCUCUCUGGAUCUGUGCUUCUUAUCUGCAGAUAUAAACCAUCUUUGAGGUACAUGAGGGCACCACAACUGGAGGAUUACAUGGUUGAUGGGGACAGCGUUGGCCUGCAAUCCUAUUCUUUUGGGGACAUAGAUGUGGCCACGAAUGGAUUUUCCCAAGUGCUUGGUAGGGGUGCUUACGGUACAGUGUUCAAGGGUGUCCUGGCCAACAUGAACAAGGAGAUUGCAGUGAAGAGGCUCGAGAAGAUGGCUGAAGAUGAGCAGAGAGAAUUUCAUAGGGAGGUGCGUGCAAUUGCAAGAACACACCACCGGAACCUGCUGCGCUUGCUUGGUUUCUGUAUUGAGGGCACGUGCCGCCUGCUUGUGUACGAGUAUAUGCCGAACGGAUCCCUUGCAAGCCUCCUUUUCAACUCAGAUGCACCGCCUAGCUGGAGCAAGAGGGUUGCGAUUGCACUAGAUGUUGCAAGGGGGCUGCAGUACCUGCAUGAAGAGAUACAGAACCCGAUAAUCCACUGCGACAUCAAGCCGGAAAACAUACUCAUCGACAGUUCAGGGAUAGCCAAGAUUGCUGACUUUGGGCUUGCAAAGCUACUGAUUGGGAACCAGAGCAACACACUCACCGGCGUCCGAGGCAUGAGAGGCUAUCUCGCACAAGAAUAG